AAUGACCGACAAAAACACAAUACCCAGUUUGGACUGACACUAUAGCACCUUCUAUAACCAACCACGGAGCCAAGAUGAGAGUCGGAGUGCCCAUAUUCCUCUUUUUGGCUGCAGCAGGAUUCCACACUGCUCUGACCGCAUCCUUGGAAUCGGCAGAAAAAGAAGACACAUUUGGUGAGGAAGUGGGGCUGGAGCAGCUAAGCGACCUGCAAAAGAGAGAUCAGGAGGAGUUUGAAGCAGCUCAAAUGAGUGAGGCUGUUCAAGAUGAAAAUACUGAGGAGGAGAAUGACACUCAGGAAGAGGACAUGACAGACAGAGACGGAAACGUUGAGGCAGACCAACAUGAGUCUGAGUCUGAUGAGGAUGUAGAUGGUAUGAGGCAAAAGCGUGAACAACUUGAAGCCAACGUUGAAGAAGCAGAUGAGACUACAAAUCUAGGCAGCCCUAGGCUCCCAGGAUGACGUAGGUGAAGAGGGCCAUGAUGGCAGCGCUGAUCAGGCCUGAAAUGGGCACAGUAACAAACCAGGCCACAAAGAUGUUCCGGAACAGACGCCAGUCCACACCCUUCCUGGAGCGCAGCCAGCCAACCGCUACCACAGAGCCCACCUGGCAACACACAGACCUUUGUUAACCAAUUAGAAUCCAUGACCCAUUAAGAAUAAAUGGUCAACACUCCCCUGA